GUGACCUCUAGACUGUGGUCAGAGCUUUCCCUCUCUCCUGAUCCAACACACAGCACUUCUCCCUGCUGAGAGAGUGAGUCUGAAAUCCUCCGGCUCCCUGCUGGAGACUUCACCACAGAGGGUUAGUCUAAAGCCAAAGAGUGGACCAGGAAAGAACAGCACAAUUAUCCAAACCUGGAAGCUGGGAUUUGCAUUUAGGAGAUCACCUACGGUAUAGGGGCUCUGUGCUCUUUCAGGACGAGUUAGAAAGGAUGUUUACGCUAGGGUUAGGGUUAGGGUUCGUCAUACAUAUAAUGGUACACUCUUGUGGGGGGGAACAGUUCCUCGUCAGUUCUUUGGACACUUAGUGGUCUUAGUUUUUUCUGUGUAAUAAAAAGAAAAUCUAUUGUACUGCCUCAAAUCUGAUUGGCAAGGCAAAUCACAGGUUUAUAUUAAUGCACUCGUUUAAAUAUGUUAGCAUUUCUACACUAACAGAUCAUUCACAGGGAUUGGAGUGUACGGCAAACACUCCAUCGGAUUUAUAAAGCAUGUAAUCAGUGAUGUGGUAAGAAGAAGUUUUUAUUGUUUUUUUUUUUUUUUACAUAUAUGGAAGGAGUCUCCAGUGUCUCCAGGGUUUUCUGAUAUAUUCAGGACAGACGAGUUUACACUUUGCGUGCUCUCACUUCCUUGAGACGGACAAACUGAAGAACUCGCUUCUGGUGUGCUUGUUUUUAUACUGUAUUACUCACUGAUUUCUCCUGCAUAGUUCAACAAUUUUAGCCGGGUGGAAUUGUAAACGUUUCAAAAGGUUCAAAAUAAAAAAGGACUCGUUACGUUACCCUGAGGAACGACAAAAAUUCUAGCCAUGAGGGAAAAUCAUGAGCUAGCUAGGAAGCCUACGAAUGUAAAAGCAACACUGUGCGGUUAAAAUGUGAACCUAAAUUUAUCGAAUUUAUUGACUAUUUAUUCAUAACUGUUCAUUAUUUAGCUAAUAGUUCAUAUUUUAACUGUACAGUAUUUCAGAUCUUCGUAAUCGACACCAUUUUUUCUAAGUGUUCCUUAAGGGUUUGGAAAAGUGGAGAACCUUCUGUUGUAGGGUUGGUUUAAACUUUACGAAUGACAAACGAAGGAAUCACUUAAUGUUAUAGAUUUUUAAUUGUAUUAUAUUUAUUGGCCUAUUUUCAUCUAUAGUGGAUGAAUGGUAAAAUACUUUCAAACAUCAUUGUGGGUUUAAAAUAAAGGGGAACCAGCAUGUCACCCUGAGGGAUGCCAGAACAUCUAGCUAGGAAACCUUAUGCAUGUAAAAGCAACAUAUUGUAGUUAAAUAUUAACCCAAAUUGACUGAUUUAUUAACCCCUAAUAGAACCUGAAGAAGCAUGUCAUUUCCCAAAUUAACUGCAUAGUUUGAAUGUUUUAGUCUGGUUAUCUCUACGGGUUGAAUUGUAAAGGAUUUUCAGGAAUAUUAGUGGGUUCAGAAUAAAGAGAUCUCAGCAUGUCACCCUGAGGGACGCCAAAAAUUUAGCUCUGGUUUUAGCACUGUUUUGUUUUUUUUUGUUUUUUUUUAAUGUACCUUGUGAAUGAAAGCCCUCGUCUUGUUUAUGAAGGUUGCGACUGCCUGGAUUUUUACAUAACGUAGUACUUUGCUGUGAUAUAAAACACUUCCAGGAAGUCCAAUGUGAUUUGAUCACAGUGUAAAUCUGACAAACCGAGUUUUAGAAACCGGAUGAUUUCUGUCCACCCUGGAAGACGGUGUCUUCUUUGUAUCCCUCCCUCAAACCGAGCCCUCGUUAUCUGGUUAUACAUCUUCCUGUCUAUAACAAGUGGAAACUACAUUUUUUGCCACUCUUCUCUGCGCUUAAUGAGGACAAAUCCGAGUCACAGACUUGUUUCACAAUGUAACGCCGCCUUUUAAGUGCUGUGUCGUGCCGUCUGCGAGUCAGCCCACCCGAAUGACAAUAGCGUUUAUGUAAAAUGCGCUGCCUUUGGGCCACUGGGGCAUAUAUCACCGCAUGCCUGGCCCUGCCACCACCUUUUUAUUGCUUUAUUGUGUUCCCUUUGUGUGUCUCGUCCUCAUACGGGGUGCUGGUUGGGAAGGAGGGGAGGGACAAUCCAAAUAUUCAAGUACUUCCCAGUUCCUGGUGUGGAUGAGCUCUGGGAUCCGGUUAAUCAGGUUAAUGAGAUUAAUUAGUCAGGUUAAUUAGAACAACCUAAGGAUCAUUUCUGAAAAUCAAAGAAAUCGAAACCUACUUGUUACGAAACCUUUCGUAAAAACUCACUCGCUACCAUCCUUUCAUUCUUCCACCCUCCCGUUUUCAGUCUCUUUCUCUUUCUUUCUUUGCUACAUUACCAGGGGGUGCUGGGUGAUUGACAGAUGGGCAGGAAUAAUAAUUUUUUUUUUUUUUGCGUAACCUAAGGCCAUGCUCUCUGAUUGGCUUGCCAGCUGACAUCUUCAAACCUUGCUCAUCUCUCUCUCUCUCUCUCUCUCUCUCACUCUCUCUCUCUCUCUCUCUCUCUCUCUCACUAAUAUUGGCCCUGUAGAUGAGACAUCCUGAGGGGGAAAAAAAAGUGGGGAGAGAAAAAGAUAUGUACCUUAGGGAAGAAGCUCAGAGAGAGGGAGGGAUAGAGACGACGGGUAGGAGCGUGUGUGAGUGCGUGAGACAUUUACUCCUCUAACUACUGGAAGACCAACACACUUUCCUCUUCUGACUUUUCUUUUUUUUUUUUUUUUUUUAAAUAAGAUAAAUUAACAAAAAUAAAUCCAGUGGAUUUUUUUCCCCCCCAUUCCUCAUUUCAUUUAAAAAAUUUCUAACCAGAUCUACAGGGGACUUCGUAUUCCGUCCCCUCGCUGGAAAUCCUAUGUUCUGAUCAAUAGACAUUUCCGUCCACACAAGAAGACAUACCUCAUGGAUUUGUACCUUGUUGGAUAUCUACAUCUUCUGUGCAUGUGGUUGUCCAGCUCUCGGGUGCUCGGAGGCUAUCCCAUCUGGUGGUCCCUAGCUCUGGGGCAACAGUACUCAUCUCUGGGCUCUCAGCCCAUCCUGUGCGGCUCCAUCCCUGGUCUAGUGCCCAAGCAGUUGCGCUUCUGCCGCAACUACAUCGAGAUCAUGCCCAGCGUUGCUGAAGGGGUGAAACUGGGCAUCCAGGAGUGCCAGCACCAGUUCCGCGGUCGCAGAUGGAACUGCACCACCAUAAAGGACAACCUAGCCAUCUUCGGCCCUGUGCUCGACAAAGCCACUAGAGAGUCUGCCUUUGUCCAUGCAAUUGCCUCUGCUGGUGUGGCAUUUGCAGUGACUCGCUCCUGCGCGGAAGGAACCUCCACCAUGUGCGGCUGUGAUUCCCACCAUAAAGGACCACCAGGUGAGGGCUGGAAGUGGGGUGGCUGUAGCGAGGACGCCGAAUUCGGGGUUCUCGUAUCGCGAGAGUUUGCUGAUGCCAGAGAAAACCGGCCAGACGCCCGUUCCGCCAUGAACCGGCACAACAAUGAAGCUGGACGAAUGACCAUCCUGGAGAACAUGCACCUGCGCUGUAAGUGCCAUGGCUUGUCAGGGAGCUGUGAAGUGAAGACCUGCUGGUGGGCGCAGCCCGACUUCCGCUUGCUGGGCGACUACCUGAAGGACAAGUACGACAGCGCGUCUGAGAUGGUAGUGGAAAAACACCGCGAGUCCCGGGGCUGGGUGGAGACACUGCGAGCCAAGUACGCCUUCUUCAAGCACCCCACCGAGAGAGACCUAGUCUACUACGAGGGCUCGCCCAACUUCUGCGAGCCGAACCCGGAGACUGGCUCGUUCGGCACACGCGACCGUGCCUGCAACGUGUCGUCUCACGGCAUCGAGGGCUGCGAUCUUCUCUGCUGCGGCCGCGGCCACAACACGCGGACUGAAAAGCGCAAAGAGAAGUGCCACUGUAUCUUCCACUGGUGCUGCUACGUCAGCUGCCAGGAGUGCGUACGAGUCUACGACGUACACACGUGCAAAUGAGGAGCAGCGAAAAGUGCAGGGGUGGCAAGGAACGAACUAAAGACUGCAAGAGAUAGGACUGAGUAGCCUAUGCGUGUACACACACACACGCACACGCACACACACACACACUUACUCACAAGAUUGUAUUGAAUACAGAACACAUACCAUGGGUAGUGGCACUUUGGUACCUGAACUUUUAAUAUCCUUUAAUAACAGUCGAGCCUCUUUUCUGGGAGAAUUAGCUACCAUGUGAUUACCACUAUCAUUCCUGAUGCAUUCCUCUUUUUUUUUUUUUUUUUUAUUUAUUUCAGCUGUGGUGUGUGAAAAGAGUGUAGCACAUUAUUACCUGAACCCUCAAUGUCUUCUGGUGUCACUCUACCCGUCACUCUAGCUCUCUGAUCGUCUCUCCUCAAGGCCUGGUGGCUGAAACCGUAUCUGCCCAACACAUUCUCACACUACGCAGACAUGAACAGAGCUGGAGGGGGCUGGUGAGAGAAGAAAGGGGUGAAGGAGGGAGCGCGCUUACUUAACUACUGAUCAUUCGAAGCCUGAAGUGCAUCUGAUGGCUGGGGUUUUUAAGCCCGAAUAGACUACUGUUACUGACGUAAUCCUCAUGCUUUCCCUAAUGUCUUCCCUGAUCCUGCACAGGUGCACCAGUUAAAGGAGCACUCCAGCGUUUUUCAACACAAUGACCAUCUGUAACGUACGUGUAAUUACCACAUACGAGAAUUUCAACACAUUUCUCUUCACACAGAAAAGUACAGAAAACUUACCAAACAGAAGUCUUAGGGCAGUUGUUGAAUUCCGUCAGUCAAUGACUACGUUUACAUGGACAGCAGUAAUCUAAUUAUUGACAGUAUUCUGAUUAAGGUGUUUACAUGAGUCGCUUUUAGAAUAUUCCUUUCAUGUUCCUGUUUUACGUUCGAGAACAUAGAUCGAUUAACGGUACGUCAUUACGUCCCCACGCCAUGCCGUCCGACGUCCCUCCAGAAUUUCACGUAUCGACGUACAGUUGGUCUACGUUAUGGGACCGUAUACAGUUUUGGGUGUUUUUAUUUUUAAUUUUAUGAACGCUUCAAGUGCGGUUAAUUAUUUGUCGUGCUGUACGUGCUAAUAGACGACUGCUUGAAGCCGUGGGCUGCGUCCCAAACCGUGUACUUACCUACUAUAUAGUAGCUGAAAUAUGUGUAUUCGCCUUCUACACAGCAGGUAAGUACGCGGUUUGGGACGCAGCCGUGCUCUCUGGUUUGGCGUCAAACAGUCGAGCGCUGCCGUGUGUGUACGUGUCCUGUCGCACAAUGCGGUGAAAACUCCCACACGACAUUGAUAGUGUGAUUAAGGUGUGUACA